UGCCGCGAAUUUUAUCCAAAAUUCCAAAAAAGUAGCGCGAUGGCGAGUCUCUCCGUUGUCACCGGCUUCAGCUCAGUCCCUCUCCGUUCCCCGAUCAGUCGGGCAUCCUUCAGUCAUCUCCACGUUACUACUCCGGCGGUCGGUGUAUUCUCCGACCAACUAUCUCACAGGAAAACGAGAGGGCUACGUCUCUAUCCCCCGAUCGCAAGUACAUCCGUCAGGCAUCUCCACAUGCACACUCCGGCGGUUAUUGCUUUCUACGACGACCUAACUAAUCGGAAAAGGAGAGGAUUACAAGUGGUGACACGUGCGGGUGCUAACGCCAACAGUUACGUGUUUGCGGCAGUGUUACCGCUCUCUCUCCUGGCCGUUACCAUCUUCACUUCUAUCAAGAUUGCCGAUAAGCUCGACAAAGACUUCCUUGAAGAUCUCGUUGUAAAUCAGGCAGUAAGGGAAGCAGAGGAAGAUGAUGAGGGUGAUAAUAGUAUUUCAUUGGACGAAAUAGUACAAGAACCUGUGCUUCCACGUACUCGAAAUCGGCCCAAGAGGGAAGUCUAGGCAUCCAUUUUCUUAAUUUGCUUCUUUAUAAUUUGUAUCAAUUGUAUAAUUCUUUAUGUGAGCGGAGAUAAACUCAUGGAAAGAGCCAUUGAACAAUGUAAAUUUUGCCUUUUGGAAAGAAAAAAAAUACAAAGAAGGGUUUUCUUUAGCUGAUUUUGUUUGGUCUUGGGA